GGCUCGAAUACUCAACAUCAUGAGACCGACACAAAUCGUGCAAAGUGGAAUGCCCACAGGGGACAAAUAUAUGGGUUGGUGGGGAAGUAUGGGAGGACCAAAGCAAAAAGGUGUUUAUCAAUAUUCCAUUUCACCUUUCCAACAAAAUGCAAUGGCAGGCGCUUUGCGUAACUAUGUCUUUUAUGGUUACAAGAGAAUUUUGCAACAAGCACCUUACUUUGCAAUUCCUUUCGCUUUAGGUUACGGAAUUUACUCUUGGGGCAGAUCCCGCAACGAAUUCCUCAACUCAAAGGAAGGACAUCGCCUACACGGUGGUGAAGAAGAGUAAUCUGUACCGAUCAUAAUGCCUAAAUUCGAAUCGAUUCCUCUGAACUGUAGUUUGAAUGGUGGGGUGGGGAUACUGAAGUUGAAAUGAUGCUACACAAAGUAGGUGAGGUAAUGUAGCGGAUCUUGUGAAGAAGCUACUUUGUGAAGGAAGAGAAGUUCAAGAUACCGAUAAAGUGCAGGUUAGUCUUCCCUGGACUGCGUAUUGUCCUACUCAUUUCGUUGAUAUCAUUUGGUGGCACCUCUCCAUUUCCAUCGCAGUGAGCUCACAGACUUUGCUUUACUCUACUUUAGCAUUGUUCUUCGACUGAUUUGAUCGCGAUGAUUGUAUGAUGGAAAGAGCACUGUAGAAUGAAGGGAGUAAAGGAAGUAUCCUACCACACAUG